UGUAUUUGCUUCCCUUCUAAAUUAGUUUAUUUUCUUUAAUUUUCUUCCCUUUUUCUGCUUUCCACAAUGGCUAAGUUCAACCUAGUUGGCAAAAGUCCUUCCAUGGUUUCCGAUGAAAGCCUAUAUAACUAAAGCCCAAGCUCAUCAAAAUCGAAGCAAAGCAACUAAGACAUUCCGAUGGUGAAGACCCUAGUAGUUGUCAUCAGCCUCAGCUUAACCAUCCUUUCCUUCGGAGGUGCACAUGCAGCGACAAUUUCUUUCAAAAACAAUUGCCCCUACACGGUCUGGCCAGGAACCUUAACCUCCGAUGGAAAACCUCAAUUAUCAACCACAGGGUUCGAGUUAGCAUCCCAAGCUAGCUUCCAGCUAGACACUCCGGUGCCGUGGGCCGGCCGCUUCUGGGCCCGAACUAGAUGCUACACGAACACCUUUGGAAAUUUCGUCUGCGCCACCGCAGACUGUGCCUCUGAUAAGGUCACGUGCAACGGUACCGGUGCCAUCCCGCCCACAACUUUAGCGGAAUUAAAUAUUGCAGCAGAUGGAGGACAAGAUUUCUACGACGUUAGCCUUGUUGAUGGCUUCAACUUGCCCAUGUCUGUGACUCCACAAGGCGGUACCGGCGACUGCAAGACGGCUAGUUGCCCGGCGAACGUGAACGCAGUUUGUCCGAGUGAGCUGCAAAAGAAAGGUUCUGAUGGGAGUGUGGUUGCCUGCUUGAGCGCAUGUGUUGCAUUCAAUCAGCCACAGUACUGUUGCACUCCGCCUCAAAACACUCCAGAGACAUGCCCAUCGACAAACUACUCUGAGAUAUUCCAUAACGCAUGCCCCGACGCUUACAGCUAUGCUUAUGAUGACAAAAGGGGUACAUUUACAUGCAAUGGUGGAACUAACUACGUCAUUACUUUCUGCCCAUCAAAUCACUGUUGUGGUGACAUUUACAUACAUAUAGGGACUAUCGACAUGUAAUUGAUAAUGUGUCGAUAAUUAGUUCGGCUCUAUAUUAAACGUUUGAUCUUUAAUAAAGGAGGCUAGUACUUUGGUACGAUCGUCAUGAGCGAGCGAGCAGCGAUCGUCGUCUUCGGCGAGAGCGAACCAGCACCGACCAUCUUCUUCGGCGAGAGCGAGCAGCGAUCGUCUUCUUCGUCGAGCGAGCGAGUGUUCUCUUCGUCUCUGUUUUGAUUUCUAGGUUCAAUCUCUCUCUGAAAUCAUCUAGGUUUCAACUGGAAGCUUCUCUGCUCUCAAUUAUUCAGAUCAUCUACAUACAUAUGUUGCAUUGCAUAGUAAAGAAGAAGCAGAGAAUACUAUCUAGAAGACCAAUUUGCCAUUACGACUAAUACUCUAGUUCCACAAGCUGCCACUACGACAAAAAAUGUUUUAACUCUCAAGAGUUUUGGCUCCAAGGGCUUGGUUGUGUUCUCAUCCAUCUGGGUUUGAUGUUUGAGAACUUUCAGAAGAUGCUCCAGAUGAUAUAGAAGGUUUGGAUGCUUCUGCAGCACAUGUUGCAAAUUUGCUAUCAACAGAGCCUGAUGACACUACUGCCUUAUACUCUGCGACUUGCUUUACUCUAAGAAAAUAUGGGAAUGGUACUCCAUACCCAUGCAAUCUGAGUGUGUGCUGCCUCCUUGCCGAUUUUGUUAUGACAUGGAAAAGGUGAUGAUGUGGUUCCUUAUAAGUUUGGUGAGAAAUCUUCGCAGACUUUGAGUUCAACUGGCUAUCAGAACGUGGCAUUCAAAGCCUACAACGGGUAUGCAGGCUUGGUCAUCCUGGAUCAGUUAUCCUCGACUUCAUCAUCAAUGAGGAAUGGGCUCAUAAGCAUUACACAGCAAAAGCAUCAAGAGGGGCCUUCUCAACAAUGUAGAAACUUCUACUAAUUCAGGAUGCAGAAUACAACUAAUUCAGGGAAGCUACACCAAUCAUGUGUUGCUAUAGCCAUGUCCGAGAAUCCUGUGUUCCAUCAAAGGUCAAAACACAUAGGAAGAAAGUUCCAUUUCAUCAGAGAUGCAAUUCACGAAGGAGCGGUGGAUCUGAUCUAUUGCAAAGGUCAAGAUCAAGUUGCAGACAUCUUCACGAAGGCAUUACCAAAGGAAAGGUU